AUGGGCUUGGCUGGGCAAGGCUGGCUGCUGGAGCGCUCAGGCAUGCAGGGUGGCCGGCAGCCCAGUCUUGAACUGGACAGCGUUCGGGACACGGUCCCCCCAGACCGAGGGGGCUGUUGCCCUGCCCUCCGCAGGCUGGUCCCUGUCGGCUUUGGGGCCGAGGCGUGGACGCUCUUUGCCCUUUCCGGACCCCUGUUCUUGUUCCAGGUGCUGGCCUUCAUGAUCCACAUUGUGAGCUCGGUGUUUUGUGGGCACCUGGGCAAGGUGGAGCUGGCGUCAGUGACCCUCUCGGUGGCCGUGAUUUGUCAAUGUGGAAUUUCCAUAGGAAUAGGCUUGUCCUCAGCCUGUGACACCUUGAUGUCCCAGAGCUUCGGGAGCCCCAACAAGAAGCACGUGGGGGUCAUCCUGCAAAGGAGCACCCUGGUGAUGCUUCUCUGCUGCCUCCCCUGCUGGGCACUGUUCCUCAACACCCACAACAUCCUGCUUCUCUUCAGGCAGGACCCAGCCGUGUCCAGGUUAACUCAAGAGUACGUGCUCAUUUUCAUCCCGGCACUUCCGGCGUUUUUUCUUUACAGCCUGCUGGCAAAAUAUUUGCAAAAUCAGGGAAUCGUCUGGCCCCAAGUCCUCAGUGGCAUUGUGGGCAACUGCAUCAAUGGCUUGGGCAACUACAUCCUGGUUUCUGUGCUGAGCCUGGGGGUCAGGGGCUCUGCUUACGCCAACACUAUCUCCCACAUCCUGCAGACCAUCUUCCUCUUUCUCUACAUUGUGCUGAAGAAGCUACACCUGGAGACGUGGGCAGCGGGGCUUCUGUUCCUAGGCUGGUCCGGCCAGUGCCUGCAGGACUGGGGCCCCUUCUUCUCUCUGGCUGUUCCCAGCAUGCUCAUGGUGUGCAUGGAGUGGUGGGCCUACGAGAUCGGGAGCUUCCUCAUGGGCCUGCUCGGCGUACUGGACCUCUCCGGCCAGGCCAUCAUCUACGAAUUGGCCACCGCAGUCUACAUGAUUCCCCCGGGGCUCAGCAACGCCGUCUGUGUCCGUGUGGGGAUGGCCCUGGGAGCUGCAGAUAUAGUGCAAGCCAAGCGGUCGGCCAAGUCAGGCAUGCUUUGCACAGGCGGCACCUCGCUGGUUGUGGGCAUCGUGCUGAGCACCCUGAAAAAUAAACUGGGGCGUAUUUUUACAAAUGAUGAACAAGUCAUUGCCCUGGUGAACAAGGUCUUGCCGAUUUACACAGUCUUUCAGCUCUUUGAGGCCAUCUGUUGCGUCUAUAGCGGAGUUCUGAGAGGAAGCGGCAAGCAGGCCUUUGGAGCCGUCGUGAACACGAUCAUGCGUCGUGAACACGAUGUCAUCGGCCUCCCGCUGGGCAUUGUUCUGACCUUUGUGGUCAGAAUGGGAAUCAUGGGCCUCUGGCUGGGCAUGCUGGCCUGCAGCCUCCUAGGAGCUGCUGCGUUUGCUGUCUACACCGCCCGGAUGGACGGGAAGCUAGCCGCAGAGGAGGCCCAGAAACAUGCCGGACUGCUGCCGCAGAGCACUGACAGCACGGUGGCCACGGUGGCCAUGGUCCCCCGGCCCGGGCCUGCAGAAGCCGUCACCUCUUCAAUGGCCACGGGUGCCUCUCCUGGCAUCACCCUGACAAUGUAUUCAAGGCCCGAGAGCCACCUGGACCUCUUCAGGACUCCGGAGGCGGCCCAGGACCUUCCAGCUCCGGCCAGCAGACUGUCAGCCAGACAGCUGGCCAUCCGCCGCGGGGCCGCCCUGGGGAUGGCGUCAGGCACGCUGACGGCCGGGCUGGUCGUCCGGGUCCUGACCCCCAGACACUAG